AUGGCGGUGACAUUGAUGGCCAAAGGCCUGAACCUGAGUCUGCUACAGGCUCCAAGUCUGGCUAAGGCUUGUUCACAAAUUCAGAAACUCCACACACAGGGCAGCCCCCUGUUGUUCAGAUCCACUCAGCAGUUAUGGGCAGAACCAAUGAAGAAGAAAAAACGACUCGAUCCCAUGAUGUCAGCAGCUCGACAGGCUAAAAAGCUGAAAAGGCUUGACAAAGAGAUCAAGAAAUUAGCGAGAGUUGGGCGGAUUCUAAAGCCUAUAGAAGAAAUAGAAGUCAAUCUGAAGAAACUGACAUUAGCAAGAGAGAGAAAAAGAACAAAUCCAGAACUGACACUUGAGGAGGCAGACAGCCGAGCCCUGUUAAUGAAAGAGUGGGUACGGUACAGAAGUAAGCUGUGGCGACAGGAAUACUUUACUUAUGAGAGAGUGUUUGCCGCCCAGCAGGAGGCGCUGCAGGAGCUGAAAGCGGAGUCAGAAGAGCUAUAUCAGGCAGCUCUACAGAUUGAUUACGGGGUAGUUCCUGUGGAAUUUCAAGGCCCAAAGCUGACCCCACCAAUCAAAAACUACCAGCUUUUAGAUGGAGAGUAUGUUGACACAACAAGAAAAUAUUAA